AUGCUUCCUAGAGAUGAAAGAUAUCGAUCUACGCUUUCCAGCGUGCCAUAUGGCGUCAGUCCUCGCACCAUGCCCUCUCGGGAUUUUGAUGUUGCCCUCCAACAAGCUCAGUAUGGAAUUCAAGGACAAGAUUAUGCUAGUUACGCACACAGUCACCACAACCCUCCAUCUAUGCCAAUGAAUUAUUCCCUCCAGCACCGGUACAACGAGAUGGCGCUUUACACCAAUUAUGGCGCGAAUACCACGCAAGAGCUAGUGCGAAGGACUAAUUUGGCGGUCUCGCUGGCAAACCAUAACGUCAAUCCGCGGUCACAUGUUUCGUUGGUGCAUCCGAUGAUGCACACAGACGGGAGGUUUCCGGUCGACUUUCGGACGCCAAAAACAAUUGAGGAGAUCAAGUUGUUGGACUCAACACAAAUUGAUCGUAUCCUUCAAGAUUAUAAGAUUCCACAUGAUAUGCGGUCGCUUCUUAAUAUACUGGCGUCUUCGGGGAUUCAUGCUGGUAUUGUAAGCUCGGGCCGAUUAAGACGGGCAAAGCUGCAGCUUCUUUUUGAACACUUGGGUGCAACGAGGGUUGUUGAAGAGGGCGGAUUCAAGAAAUCUGGACGUUGA